UCCUGACAUCAGAUAUACUUUGAUUCAUUGAGGCAGAAAGACAAGGAGGAGGUAAAAUAACUAACUGCACUGCAUCAUAGUGUGAACAGAGUAUAGCUUCACAGUGACUGAAGUUCGUCAUUUUGCCAACCAGAUUGAUGGAGAGUUUUAUCUUUGGGCUGUUGGUGCUGAGGAUCAUGCUUUCUGUCAUUGGUGUAUUGGGAAAUACUGUCUUGAUUGUAUCAAUCCUCCAGAUGACUCGACUGAAGACAUUUGAAGUGUUUCUGCUUGGACUAGCUGUGUCAAAUCUUGAGGAGAUUAUGAUUGUGGACAUCUACGACAUGAUUGUUCUUCGCUCUACCCACAGCAUCAGCAUUUUGUCCUGCGGUGUACUGAAGUUCAUGACCUUGUCUGGAGAAGUUGCCAGCAUCUUUUUCACGGUGCUUAUCAGCAUUUACCGCUAUCAGAAACUGCACAAUGCUGCCAUGCGGAUAAUCACACCAAUCUUUAUGGACAGCAUGAAGAUAGGGGUCGGCCUUAGUCUGUUGUGUGUUCUGGUAGCUGUUCUCGCUAGUGUGCCAACUUACAUCAUAAACCUGGAUAGCUGGCAUCACAUGUACAAUUCCACUAUUUCAGACUGCCCAGCUGAUUUUUUCCAGUGUCCAAGAGACAACUGUCCCAUUCUCAACAAUAUUUACAGGUUCCUUUUUAUUUUCUUCUGUUACCUUAUACCGCUUGUCAUUGUGACAGGGACAAGUUCUCUAAUUAUCAGGAUUUUGAUGAUUCAGCAAAAGGUGGCAGAAUUACACCACAAUUCAGAACCAGCUACCAUUGCUGCAAACAAUGAUCAUCACCAUCAUCAUCAUAAUCAUCAUCAUCAUCAUGAUGAUCAUCACCAUCAUCAUGAUCAUCAUCAUCAUCAUGACCACACCAAUGUGUUUCAUCGGAGCACAAUUGGCAUAUUGGCUGCAAUGAUGAUAUUCCAGGUAUACUGCAUUUUAUAUCUCGCUCGUCACCUGGCGUUUAAUCUGUAUGACUUUCCUGCUUGGUCAGAACUGGAAUUCUUCAUUGCAACAUUCUAUACAGCUUUAAUCCCCUAUGUCUAUGGGAUGGGACAUAACUUUUUCUCCCUAAAACAUUUCAGGAGGCAAUAGCUAGUUUAAAAAUUUGUUUUUCUUCACAGCUUACAAAAUCCUUCAUUAUGACACUGUUAUAUAGAAACAAUUAAGCCCAUACAUUAAGAAUAUUAUUAAGUAUUGCAUGGUUAGACCUGUUACUUGUGUUGUUUUCUUCUACUUUUAUUAGAAAAACAACCAUAUCCAGCUGAGUGUAGAAUCAAUAUGAAAAUCAAGCCAUUUUGUGAAUUAGAAAUGUUUGUAAUUUAGUUGAAUCACUGAACACAUAACUUAU